AUGGCCGUCACAAUUCUCGUGUCGUAUCUGCUCAACUGCAUCGACAGUCUGCUCGGUCACUACCCACAAGCACUCCUGCACUUGAAAGGAGGUAUCGAGCUCGCGCGUCAAAUCACACCAGCGGUAAGCUCUCAGUGUGAAGCGUCAAAGCCCGCCCUGAGGGACACCGAUGCUAUGCUCAGUCAGAUCACGAGACAGCUGCGUCGCCUGGACUUGCAGGCAACUCUGUACAUGGGCGAGUGGACUCCUAGAGACUUGCUCACAACUUGGCAUUUGCCAGACACUGAACUUUCCUCCUCCCUGAAUACCGGCUUCACCUCGCUGGAACAGGCCAGCGACGUGCUUGAGAUUCUCAUUGCCCAGGUCAUGCACCUUCGCAACUCACCACGUCAGGGCACAGUGUUCCCAGCCACGGAGCCCGGCUUCUCCAUCGUCAGCUCCGCCAGGAGUACGAUUCUCGCAGAUUUAGAAUCCUGGGCCGCAAACUUCCAGGCACUAGUCUUCUCUGACACGCAUCUAUCACGGGCUAAGUACCGGACGAUUUCCCUCCUCCGUCUCCGACAUCGCACCGCGACCAUGUUUCUCGCCACAUAUGGCCCCGUGCGCGAGGCCGAGUAUGAUGCUUACUUGCCUUCCUUCAGGCAGUGCCUGGCACUUGCCGUGCAAGUCGCGGCCAUGCACGUGGAGUAUGCAGAUAACACCUCUACAGCAACUGCCGGCCGAGCCACCUUCGCGCCCACAGUUGGGCUCAUACCAGUUCUGUACAUCAUCGGUGUGAAGUGCAGGCACCUCGAUGUGCGCAGCGAGGCGUUGGAGAUCCUGCAGCGGUUGUCAAUCAAGGAAGCAGUCUGGGACAAUCGUGCUGCUGCAAGGGUUGUCAAACGAGUCAUUGAGAUUGAGGAAAAUAGCCGGAUUGUCGAAAGUGGCGCUGGACCUUUCCCCAGACCCCUGUGCGUUACAGGUACCAUGGGUAUCAAUGAAACGACGUUGUUCUACCCUGCCAUAUGGGUUUUUUCAGACCUGCCUUUGCGGUCAGAGUUGAAAGGUACACCAGUCGUCUUGGUGAGAGGCUCCGGAGCUUCUUCGAACUUCAGCCAGCACCAGCGUCAGCAGCAUUUGUCUCCUACUUUCACCUUUCCGUCUCAGACUGCACUGUCAAUGCGGCCUCGUUUCGUGCUCGCUGCACUUGCAGCAGCGAUAUCCCCCCAGGUCAAUGUCGGCACCAACCCAGUCCCGGACGCUUUGGACGUUGAAUACCUCGUCAGUCUGCCUGAUCUCCAGGUUGAUAUCAUACCCGGGCUGUCGGAACAAACCGUCUCUUACGAUGCCGAGGCUGCCGUAGCCACGGCUGCCUCUGAUGUCGAAGGGACUCCCUUGAGCGUUUUCCCGGCCGCCACGAGCGAGGCAAUCAACUCCGCCGGUGAGACACCAGGAGUAGAGCCCUCCACGUCUGGCCGUCAACAAGUCGCACGCGAGUAUCUUGAGCCACGCGCCGCGUGUGCUGCAGAACCCAACAUUACGAACUUCUACAAUGUCGACGUUUACGAACAUUACAGGUUCAAGUUUGACUCCAAGAUUGCGUCACUCGCGAAUGAUGCACCGAUCCCUGCAGGGUAUUUCCAGAACUACAAGAAUCUAUGGGCAGCUAGUAUCGCCAGCGCCUACCUGGGUUACACCGUCCUGAAAACCGGCUAUGAUGUCGAGGCCUGCGCGAGGAAAUGCUCAGCCAAACCCGGCUGUUUAGCGUUCAACAUCAUCUUCGAACGCGACCCUUUGGUGACGCCUGGACCCGGCUGUGAAGAACCCCUCGCUUUUGCCAACAUCAAAUGCAGUUUCUGGGGGGUGCCGCUGACGGCGGCUACCGCGACCAACAAAGGGGAAAUGCGAGCGAAAUUCCGGGUCGGCAUCGCCGGCUCCAACGCCUACACCUCGUAUAGGGUUGGUGGCCCAGUCGACAGCUUUGAUACUCCCCUCAGCCUGGGAAAUGCUGCGCUCAACGCCCCUCUGACAGACUGCGCCGGCACCUGGACCUAUCUGGGUUACAAGCUCUACAGAAACCAGCCUUUUGACUCCCGUCUUUGUGCGGCGGCCUGCGACGCGCAGACUGCUUAUAACAUCGAGCAUCCUCCCUCUAGUGGCAAGCCCGCUCUGUGUGGCGGCUUUGGGACCUAUCUGCUCCACAAGACGAACUCUGCUGGAUCGUCAAUUGUGGGACAGAUGUGCACCCUGUACACCUCUGCUCACGACGCAGAACACGCCACGAACACUGCUGAACACAGCGGCGACACUAAGUUCACGUACUCGAACAGCUUCUUCUAUGCCCGCCCGGAUUGCCAGCCUCUUUGCUCAUCUACGCUGGAGUAUCUGAAGAGUGAAGGGCAGGAAUUCUGCUCUUCCGUUUUUGAUUAUCUCCCACCCUCGACGACAGUCUACACUACCGCCCCUCCUCUUGCUGCGGUCUUUGUCACCAAGACCGUGUUGACAACGGCCGUAACUACAGUUGGAGGAUCUCCGGACGCGCAUUGGAAGAGACGCGGCCGGUUUGCCCGCCAAGAAGAACUCUCACUCACUUCCACGGAGGCGUCCCCUGCUGCACUACCGGACAUCCGGUCUCUGUAUGACUGGGCGAAUUCUGUGGCCGCCAACGUUGAGACUGUUGACAACCUCGGACCCUACACCAUUGCCAUUCUCACGCAAACCGUAGUCGAGGCUGCGCCAACCAAUGGCACUGCAGCCCUCACCCGCCGAGCCGUCGCUACACCCACGCCCAUCACCGGUUGGCCGUCCUCGAGAAUUUCGGAAGCAUGUUUGGCCAUUGCGACGAACGUCAUGACCGUAGUUGGCACUACGACGCCUGCUGCCUUGACCAGGACAGCCACUACUUUGCAAACGACCACGGCAACAUCCUUCACCAACACGGAAACCUGUGCCGUGCUCACCAUGCUAGCAGAGUACCGAGACCUCAUUCCCGUGUUCGGCACGUGGGACAAGGAUCAGUUAGCCCCCGGGCCUAAUCCGUACCCUGUAGAUUUCGUAUUCAGCACCAUCCUGCUCCCCUUCCCUCUGUGCUUCUGGGAUAUCUGCACAAAGAUCAUCUCUCCAUCCCCCCACGGCUUGAUCUACUUGCCGAAGUCUGAAGCAAAUGGUGUCAGUGUUCUCUUGAACGUUUAUGCCGGCGUGCGGCAAUACUUGUAUCCGGGCUGGAACCUGGGCGUCUUCACGCGCGUCACGGGCCCACUGGGCAACAGACAGUUCACCAUGAGCUGGUACACGUCCACGUGGGACUUUGGCCAUGCCAAGGCCCACUACUCGGUGACGUGGUACGAGAACAUGCCCCAAGUCGUGUACUACAAGUACUACGAUGCCGUGCAGGUGUAUGCCAACACCCACAGCGUUGAGAAAGAUUACGGAGGUCCGGUAACACAUGUCUGGCCGGUGGGGCAGUUCAUGAAGGCCGGCACGCAAAUCAGGAUUGAGGCCUCCCCGGACGGCAACGUGACGUACGAGGCGACCCAGCGUAACCGGGUUGACUGCUGCACAGACGUGGCCGGCUGGCACAGCUGCACCGAGUGGCAGCCCCAGAUCCUGUGA